AUGGAUUUUCAAAGCGUAAAUCCCCUAAACGUUCGCUUAAACGCACUCUCGGGUAACUUGCUGCCCUUAAAGCCAGGUGAUUCGCGAUUUCCGAUAACGUGGAAAAUAUAUAGCGCCUUGGUAUGGCUGAUUGAAGUAAUUCAAACAAUCGCAUUAAUUCCUGGACUGAUUCUGGUGCCACGGGAGAAGGCUUUAAAAGACGGUACAGUUCUCUGUGUGAUUACCGUAGAAAUGUUUUUUAUGGCUGCGCGGAUUCACUCACGCAGGCAGCUGGUGAAUCAAUUGAUCCAAAAACUAAACGAUAUUUUGCGUUUCUCGGACGAGACUAUGAAGAAUGUUGUGACGAUGACUCUACAGCCUAUGGAGAAUCCGCUUAAGUUUUACUGGCUGUCUGGCUGGUUGGGUGUUUUCAUAUGGGCUUGCUUACCGUUUCUGUAUAUUUUUAAAGAGGUUUCCUUCUUUUACGAGGAUUAUAGAAUGCCGGCAGUCUUUUCCAAGCAACCCUUUUCGCUUGAUGUCUUCCUAUUGGGCAGCGUUCUCAUACUGAUCGGUAACAUGUAUGUUUUUGUAAAGAAAGUCGGAAUGGAUGUUUAUAUGAUACAUCUUGUGCUACUAAUAACGGCGCAAUAUCGAUACAUCGCCAUAAAACUCGCGGUAAUAUUUCGGGACGGAAAUUCGCUAAGUAAAUUCGAUGAAUCUCAUCAGAAAUACUGCUCUGGAAUAGAUCGCUGGGUAAAAAAAGAAAUGAUAGCAUUAUGUCGACAUCACAGCAAUAUUGUUCAGUAA